UGCGUAGAACAUAAACUGUGUAAUAUUAUACGCAGAAUUUCCAGGGAAUUGUGCAUGGGAAAUACAGAGCAAUGGUUUUUCUUUGUGCCAAGACAAGAAAGAGAAGUUACAGUAGGAAGGCCUUGUAGGACUACAACUUCUGGUUGUUGGAAAGUAACUGGUUCUCCAAGUUAUGUUUAUUCAGCAGAUAGCAAAGUUAUUGGGGUGAAAAAAAGGAUGGUAUUUUAUAAAGGGAAAGCUCCUAGUGGGAAAAACACUAAGUGGAAAAUGAAUGAAUACAGAGCUAUUGAAAAAGAAACUAAUUGCUCCUAUUCAAUUUUUUCUAUUCCUAA